CUCCUCCUCCUUAAAUUCUUCAACUGCUCCUUGUGCUCCCAAACGCGUCAUCAACAAGUGUCUCGCGCACGGCCUCCUUGGGCCCUUUCACAUUCAAAUGAGGCCUCUCUUCAUUGGCUCGCGGGUCAGCGCACGCGGGUGAGCAGUGAGCGCGCGGGAGCAGUUCAGUCAGAGCCCGGCUGCUGCAGCUGCACGCGGAGUUCAGAGUGAUGAGGGACGCUCGAACCGACACUCUCCGGAACCAGAACGCCGCUCCCACUUGGCCUCGAGACCCACGCCACUAAUUACCCGCGUAAUUGGAAGCAGCCGGGUCGAACCGGACGUGGCCCUCGGGCGGCCGCGCACCUCUAGAGUCAGUCCCUCCACCUGUCCAGCAUGUACAGCCUGAUGGAGCACGAGCUGAAACCGGCCGGCCAGCCUCACGCCCAGCACGCGGCCCCGGGGAUGACCCCCGUGACCGGCGGCAUGAACUCUCACCCGAAAACCGCCUGCGCGCCCGGAAACGACCCCAUGGAUAAAGUGAAGAGACCCAUGAACGCCUUCAUGGUGUGGUCUCGAGGUCAGAGGAGAAAAAUGGCCCAGGAGAACCCCAAGAUGCACAACUCCGAGAUCAGCAAGCGGCUGGGCGCGGAGUGGAAGCUCCUGAGCGACGCGGAGAAGCGGCCCUUCAUCGACGAGGCCAAGCGGCUGCGCGCCGUGCACAUGAAGGAGUACCCGGACUACAAGUACAAGCCGCGCCGCAAGACCAAGCCGCUGCUGAAGAAGGACGCGCCGGGGGCCAAGUACCCGCUGUCCGCGGGGAACCUGCUGGCCGCCGCCGCGCAGGGCCAGGGCGCGAGCCCGCGCAUGGACAGCUACGGCUGGGGCCCCGCGGGCGGAUACAGCGGCAUGCAGGGCGACGCGCUGGGCUACUCCCAGCCGCUGCACCGGUACGAGCUGUCCGCCCUGCAGUACCCGCCGGCCAUGACGGCCGCGCAGACUUACAUGGGCGGGGCCAACUCCUACAGUCCCAUGACGUACAGCAGCAGCCCUCAGCAGCCCAGCCCGGUCAUGUCCAUGAUGAAGGCGGAGCCGGUGUCUCACUCGCCCUCAGCGGGGACGCCCACCCACCACCGAGGAGCACUACAGGGCGACCUGAGGGACAUGAUCAGCAUGUACAUCCCUGCAAGCGGAGGGGAUGCCUCGGACGCGGCGGCGGCCCAGCAGCGGGGAUACGCUGGUGUCCAGCAGCACUACCUCACCGGAACCGUCCCGCUCACGCACAUCUAGGGCGGAGCUGGGACAGUGGGAGGUCAUGGCGAUGAGGGGGAGGCGGCUUUAGGCGGCAGCUCAGACUCACAAUGUGCACAGGAAACCUGUUUGUGAUGAAUACACACGAGGGGGUUCGGUCAGUCGCAGGAUUCUGACCGUAACUCACCUGCAGUGAGCGGCUUCUCCUGCUGCAACACUGUUUUCCAAUAUAUAGGCAGAUCCACAUCACGUCUGCGCAGCUGGUCCCGACUCCUGCAUCACACAGGGGCAGCUGCUGCUGAUCUCUGCGUUCCACUUGCAUAGCUACUGAUGACCCGAAUGUCCCACCUGUGCACAUGCUGCUGACACCUGCCCAGGUGUUGAGGACCCAUGUAUCACACCUGCGCAGCCGCAAUUUACCACUUCCUCGCUUUGUGCUGCUGCCGCUGACCCCUGCACAACAACUGCGCAGGUGCUGAUGACCCUUGCAUUGCAUCUGUCCAGGUGUUGUAUCACUCCUGCUCAGUCGCCACUUACCCCUGCAUGACCACCACUGACACCUGCGCAGCUGCCGCUUACCCCUGCCUCUCUGUGCUGCUUCUGCUAAUCACCUGCGCAGCUGCAGAUGACCCUUGCAUUGCAUCUGCGCAAUCGUCGCUGACCCUUGCAAAACAUCUGCGCAGGUGCUGAAAACCCCUGUAUCACAGCCGCUGCUGACACCUGCGCAGAUGCUGAGGACCCCUGUAUCACGCCUGCGCAGCUGCCACUUACCCCUGAAUGACACCUGCGCAACCACCAAUAAAACCUGCGCAGGUGCUGAGGACUCUUGCAUCGUAUCUGCGCAAUCGCCGCUGACCCUUGUACAACAUCUGCCCAUCCCUGUAUCACAGCUGCGCAGCCGCUGCUGAUACCUGCGCAACUGCUGAUGACCCUUGCAUUGCAUCUGCGCAAUUGUCGCUGACCCUUGCAAAACAUCUGCGCAGCUGCUGAGGACCCCUGUAUCCUACCUGUGCAAUUGCCGCUGACCCCUGCAUGACACCUGCGCAGGUGCUGAGGAUCCUUGCAUCUGAUCUGCGCAAUCGCAGCUGAACUUUUGCAUAGCAACUGCCCAGGUGCUGAAGACCCCUGUAUCACACCUGCGCUACUGCCACUGACACCUGCGCAGAUCAAAAGGUCCCCUGCAUCACACCUGCGCAACCGCUGCAUACCCCUACAUCGCUCUGUGCUGCUGCUGACCCCUGCACUACAUCUGCGCAGCUGCUGCCAAGGCCUGCAUUGCACCUGCGCAGCUGCCGAUGACCCCUGCAUUGCAGCUGCUGCUGACUCCAGACCUGUUGAACUGGCUCUGCUUCCAUCAGACAGCAGCUGAACUCCGGACCCGAAGCAGCACCUUCUGGUCCGUCCCGUCUCCAAGUUCAGUUGUGGUUCUGACGUGUCGGGCCUCAGAUUCUGCUGCCUGUGGCAGCUUAAUUUGCCCCAGUGAUCUUAGAUCAGAUCUCGUUCGUGGAUGAGCUGUUUGUUGCUCCCGUCGGUGUUCAGCUUUUACCUGGAGAACACGGCACAGGUGUUUUAAUGAAUGUUUUGACUCGGCAGAGUUGUUUUAUCUCGAUUCUGGAUGUUUUUCGUUGCUUCCUCAGAUUGACGGACUUUCUGUCGAGUGUUUCCCUAAUGUUCUCUGAAUGUUUCUUUUUUUGUUAUGGACACUUUCAUAUGGAAGUUUUAGUGUUGACCCAGAUGUUUUUUUCUAAUGGUAAUGCUGCAUGUAGAGUUACAGGAAGUUGUAAAUACUGUCCAUACUUUCAGGCUCUGCCUGGACGUCUUUGAUAAACUCAUAUUAAUAAAUUCCAACAGUUUUACACAAA